AUCGCUUCCAUCAUCAACGGCUCCUCGCACUCGAACAAUCAACUAUCGUCUUUCUCACCGCGCCGCCCGUUUCGGAGAUACAAAAGUCUUUCGUCGACACGGCGGCAGGCCAUCUUCCCGGGUAUCAAACCUACCUUGCUACGCUGGGCCAACAUCGAACGAACUGCCCCUAUCUCCGACGUGUCAGGACAUUCUGGACAUAAAAGACCAAAUAUUCAUCUUACUACCAAGGAACAACGAACCGCGGGACACCUCACCACACAUUACAUUGUCAUCCGACGCAUACCAAUCAGACACAACGACAAAUGUCGUACCAAUCCAGUUGGCACACGGGUCCGGCCCCCGACCCCCAAGACAUAACGAGGGAUAGGGACUCGUUACGUCUGGUAAUUGCACAAGCACCGCAGCACGCGAAAGUAGCAACUGGCAAAGAAAAAGAUCGUAAACCUAUUGACCCUCCACCGAUUCUCAAAAUCGACCUAAGAAGCCACAACCAAAAUUACGCAAACUUCAUUCUGUCUAGCCCUAGCUUGUUCGUCCAGGUCUACCUCAAGCCCGGCGAUAAGAAAACCAAAAUGGACCCCGAAACCUGUGCCAAAGGCUUGGUGGGAUCGACAGUUUCCUCCCUGCAAAAGUAUAAGAGCAUCGAUGGCCAAGACGAAGGCUACUUUGUAUUUCCCGACCUCUCUGUCAAGAUGGAGGGCCUCUUCAAGCUGAGAUUUGCGCUGUAUAACAUGAAGGGCGGCGAGGUGUACUUCAUGACAGAGAUGGAAUCCCACGGCUUCCAAGUUCAUACGGCGCGGUCCUAUCCUGGCAUGAGUUCGUCAACGGAUUUGACCCGUCAUCUCAGCGAUCAAGGCUGCCGACUGCGGAUUCGAAAAGAUUCGCAAGUUGUCAAGAAUCGCAAACGACAGUUCCAAUACGGCAUGGACUCUGAGCAAAUGCGCAACGUGCGGCAACGCCAAGGCAUGGCUCAACUAGCCCAACAAGCCCAGCGCUCGAAAGAUCUCUCACAGCAGCAGGGCUUCUCUCACCAGGGUUCUGCGACGGGAGUUCCCAGCCCGGCAUCGUCUUCUCACGGAAGCGCGCAAGCGUCCGCCGGGGCAAUAAUGCAACAGACGAGUCGGCACCAAGUCCAGGCGGUCAGCUACGCGCAUCCACAGCCUUUGAUGGCACAUUCCAUGCCAGGGAUAAUGGGCAUGCAAUUACCGCAUUCGUCAGUGUAUCCGCCACCAACGCCAUCUUCUGGACUGUCUGUUGCUUCGCUUCCCUCGACUUCGCCUACGCAGAGCCCGGACUUGGUGACUCCUUCGUACUAUCGGCUUGACGCAGGCCUCUACGAUUAUACAGCAACCCAAAACAGCUUAGGGGACACCUUCUUUCCACAAUCUCACCAACCUUACAAGACUGAACAAUAUUGGGAAAGAGACCCUGAUAGUAGGAUCAACAGUCACGGACAUGGCCAUAGCCAAAGCUAAGGUGCUAGAGCUAUGAUCAAGGUUCAGGUUGAGGGCA